AUGGUGAAGUGCAGGAGGGCGGUGCCAUGGAGGCUCAUCAUUCCUGUAUUCUUCGGUGUUGAACCUUCCGAUUUUGGGAAUCAGAAAGGUUCUUUUCUGCCAGCUCUCGAGAGGCAUGAGAAUAAUGAGAAGCUAAAGGAAGAGGUGAGCGAGUGGAAGAAUGCUUUGCGUGAGGACCUUCGUGAUGGCAGGAAAACUAUUAUUUUUGGUAUCUACUUGCCUACGAGGCUUGUAGAUAGGCUGGAGAGCCUUAUUAGGCUUGAGUGGGUCUUCGAGUUUAGUGGUAAUGGAACGAUCAAGGUCUCUACUUCCUUCACUUCUGAUUACAGCUUCUUAGUAUAUCAGACGUUCACGAAUAGCAGACUGAACAAGGGUCAUUGUCCUUUCAGGCUAUUCAAGCCUUGGAUCAUGGAUUCAAAUGGGUGGGAUAUAGUCAAGAAGGAAUGUGGCUUCAAUGUCACUAGCUUCCCCAUGAUCAGACUCCUUAAGAAGCUAGGGUUAGUUAAAGUUGCCUUGUUGAGAUGGAAUGUGGAGAAGUUUGGUCGGCUAGAGAGCCGGAUUGAGAACCUUUGUCUUUGCCUAGACCAGAGCAGGCUUCUCGUUGAAAAUGGGGAUUGGGGAGCUACUAAAAAGGAGUAUGAGGUUAGAGGUUUGCUCAAUGAUGCCCUCUGUAUGGAAGAAGUAUUGUGGAAGCAAAGGUCUCAGGUUAGAUGGCUCACAGAGGGGGACAAAAACACAUAUUUCUUUUAUAUCAUGACCAACUGUCGUAAGGCUAAGCAGUAUAUCAAGGUAAUCAAAGUAGAUGGGGAAAUACAUACAGAGGAGACCAAUAUCUUGCAGACUUGUACCUCUCAUUUCCAGCAGCUUUUGAGGUUUGAUGUAGCUUCUAGAGAUCUGUUUGCAGGUAUAAUAGAUGGCAACAUGGUUACCAAUGAAGAGAACCAAUGGAUGUUACGACCAAUCAUGAGAGAGGAGAUAGCUAUGGAGGUCAAGAGUCUUGACAAGGAUAGUACUGCUGGCCCAGAUGGUUUCUCGAACUAUUUCUACAAGGAUUGUUGA